GCGGAGGAAGCGACGCUGAGCCGGUCCGAGAAGAGAGUCCGGCGCAGAUUCGGUCAAGCGCGGGGCAUGCAUGCCGCGGGGGCCUGGCCCCCCAUUCGGCCGGCCCUGUGCGGCAGGCCACCCCCUCAUGGCGGUGCUGACCGCACCCACUGACGGGCCAAUUCCGGGCCAACUACGAGGCCGAUUACAAGCGCGCGGCAGGCGGCCCGCGAGAUUCCGCGCCCGGGCGCGGCGCGAGGAGGAGGAGAUGGAGGGAGGGCAUGCCCAAGAGGGAGGGAGAAAGGAGGACGGAAGGAAAGAAGGAAGGAAACAACGCAGGAAGGAGGAAGGACGGAGGGGGGGAGGAGGGGAGGGAGGAGGAGGACGAGGGGGGGGGCCGAGGAGGGCGAGGCGAGGCGAGCACGAGGAGGACGACGAGGGCGAGGAGGAGGGCAAGGGCGAGGAGGACGAGAAUGGGCAGGGCUCCAAGCUCACGCCGCCCGCGCGGCGGGGGCCCGCGACGGGCGCAGGAGCUCCACGGCGCGCAGGUCCUCCUCGGGCACGGGGAGAGGGGGGGGAGCGAGGAAAACGGGGAGGAGGAGGAGGAGGAGGAGGAGAAUACGAGGGACGCGGACAACAUUCGACGACGACGAGGGCGAAGAUCUCGAGGAAGAUUCCGGAGGCCCUCCUCCGGCACCAGCCCGAAC